AUGACUUUUUCAAAGUACAAUUUUGCCUCAUCCACUUCAAGUUCUUCAUCUUCUAACGAAGAGAAUGAACUAAUACAUAAUAUGGUUGAUUAUGCCUUUCAAUACGCAAUUCCUGCCAUUGUUUCAACACUACAACCAAGGGUGAGAACCAAAAAAAAAUUUCGAAUUCAAAGAGACCAUUCAAAAGGUCAUUCCCAACUAUUUAAUGAUUAUUUUGCUGAAAAUCCUACAUAUUCUUCUCGAUUGUUUCGACGUAGGUUUAGGUUGAGGAAACAUGUAUUUUUACGGAUAAUGGAAGCUAUCUCCAACAACGAUCCAUGGUUCACUACCAACAUUGAUGCAACUGGUAGAAAAGGUCUAAGUGCUUUACAAAAGUGUACUGCAGCUCUUCGUAUGCUAGCAUACGGGGUGGCUGCUGAUCAAGUUGAUGAGUACCUCCAAAUUAGCGAAUGCACAGCACGAAAAGCACUUACUCAUUUCACAAAGGGAAUAAUCAACCAAUUUGGGCAACAUUAUUUGAGAAAACCAACACCACAAGAUUUGACGAGAUUAUUAGCCUUUAGUGAAGAACGAGGAUUCCCUGGCAUGAUUGGUAGUGUUGAUUGCAUGGCUUACUAUCUCACUGAUGGCAUUUAUCCUAAAUGGGCUACCUUUAUUCAGUCUAUUACUGAACCGCAAACAGCAAAAGCAAGGUUAUUUGCCCAACAUCAAGAAGCAGCAAGAAAGGAUGUGGAGCGAGUAUUUGGGGUGUUGCAAGCUCGAUUUGCAAUAAUUAGAAAGCCCUCACUUGCUUGGGAUGAAGAACGACUCUCUGAUAUAAUUACUUCUUGUAUAAUUAUGCAUAAUAUGAUAGUGGAAGAUGAAAGAGAUACAUAUACACACUAUGCUGAUGGUAGAGAGUUCAUGGGAGAUCGCCAAAAAGGUCAAUCGGAAGGUACAACUACAAGUGGAUUAAAUGAUGACUUAGAGUAUUACACAGAUAGAAUUGUUGAUAUCAACCGAUACUUGACAAAUAAGGAUGAUGUUGAAGAUCGACAAACACAUUUAUCCUUAAAAGAUGACUUGGUUGAAAAUAUUUGGCAAAAGUUUGGAGGGAACCACAAUUAA